GUUGUAGUCGUUCCAAAAGGCAGACAUGAAAUUGCAGGACGUCGUUUGCACUACCGCAGUUACAGUCGACGGUGUUCAUCGACGACGUCAUCAUUGACGUCACUGUCUCUGCUGCCGUGCAACGCUUUGCACGAUCGACAAAGGGUGGAAUGGAGAGAGCGGGGCUUUCUCAACCUUAAAUUUAUGUUUAGGGUUUCGGCUGUCUUUUUAUGGCUAUGUAGGGCAUGUGUGGUUUGGAUUCCGAGACGAGUAGCAGGAAUGAGGACCUUGAGACUCGAAGGGAGACCAGAAAGUUCGAUUCGGGCAGAGUCCUUCGCGGGUGGCUGAGGCACUCACUUCGCUGCGGGAUUCAACGGAAGGAGAACGGAACCGCGGAGGGCUCUCCAUAACUGGAUAUCGAAGCGGCGCAUGUUUGGCAUCCAUUCCGCUCUCCUCUGCCAGCGAACUGUGAUGGGGGCAGGGGGAGGGCAGGACAUCUGGCAUCCGUGGUGAGACCCACGUGCGUCACGUUCCUCCUUGUGCGUGGCCGUCAGUCGGUUCUCCUCGGUGCUGCAGUGACCGUCUCCUUCGCUGUGUCGCGCGGGGUUUCGUCUCGGUCGGUCGGCCUUCGCGGGGUUUCCACCGUCGCAUGGGCACUGGGUGGCUCCGGGCUUGAUUCGCGUCGUGUGCGGUGUUGAGGCGGGAUGGAGGCGAAGAUCGAGACGCAGCGCGACAACAUCGCGACGGAGCCAUCGCCGAAAGACGCGGCGAUCGACUUCGUCGCCGGCUCGCUCGGCGGGAUCGUCGCCGUCUACGUGGGCCAGCCGCUGGACACGGUCAAGGUCAAGAUGCAGGCGUUCCCGUCGAUCAACACGGGGAUGACGAGCACGUUCGCGGCGACGCUGCGGAAGGACGGCGUGAGCCGCGGGCUGUACGCGGGGACGGUCCCGGCGCUCGCGGCGAACGUGGCGGAGAACUCGGUACUGUUCGCGGCGUACGGCCUGUGCCAGAAGGGGGUGGCGGCGGUCACGGGGCGAGAGGACGUGCUCCAGCUCAAUCCGGUCGAGAACGCGGUGGCCGGCUUCUGUGCCGCCUUCUUCUCGUCCUUCACCCUCUGCCCGACCGAGCUGGUGAAGUGCCGCCUUCAGGCCAUGAGGGAACUCCAGUCCUCCUCGUCCGCCUCCAAGGGACACCUGACGCCAUGGGCCCUGAGCAAGCAGAUCUACCGGACGGAGGGGAUUCCGGGGUUCUUCCGGGGGCUCACGUCCACGAUGACGCGGGAGAUGCCGGGGUACUUCUUCUUCUUCGGGGGGUACGAGGCGACGAGGAUCCUGCUCACGCCGGAGGGAAAGACGAAGGAGGAGAUCGGGGUGGGGAGGACGGUGGUGGCGGGGGGCGUGGGGGGGUGCACGCUCUGGGCGGUCAUCUUCCCGUCGGAUGUGGUCAAGUCGAGGAUCCAGGUGCAGGGGUCGAGGGAGUCGAUGAGGAGUGUGUUUCGGGGGAUCGUGAAGAGUGAGGGGGUGAUGGCGCUGUAUAAUGGGUUGUUGCCGACGCUGGUGAGGACCUUUCCGGCGACGGGGGCGCUGUUCUUGGCGUACGAGUACUCGAGGAAGUACAUGCAUUAUCUUGUGGGG